AGACAAUUUAUAGAAAAAAACAGCAGAUACAUUCAUUCGACUUGAAUUCGUUGGAAAGUAAACUUGUUUAUUUUUUUUGCAGUAUAAAGUUGUAAUAUUUAAAAAAAAGUUCAAAAUGUUUGUGGCAAGACGCAGUAUGCAGUAUCCAAGUGGAGUACAACUUGUGAGAAUGUGUAGCCAAUUGGGUGAAUUGGGAAGUGGUGCUGGCAAAGGAGGCGGCGGCGGUGGCUCUAUUCGUGCAGCCGGUGGAAGCUUUGGUAAAAUGGAAGCAGCACGCGAAGAAGAAUAUUUCUAUAAUAAGCAAAAGGAACAAUUGGAACGUUUGAAGAAUGAUCAAAUCCAUCAAUCUGAAUUUCAUCAUCAACAAAUUAAGGAACACGAAGAAGCCAUUCAACGCCAUAAGACUUUCUUGGAAAACAUGACAAAAAAGUAGACUAUGAACUCUAAUAACAACAAAAUGCUGGCAGUGAAAACACUUACAAAUUAUAUUUGUUCACCAUUGCAACCCAACAUCACUCACUGUCAAACGAUUUCUUUUGUCCAAAAGGAAAUAAUGCUUUUAAUAUAAACUUAUUUAGCUUGAAGCGAAAUAAAGUAAGAAAUUAAAUGCUUAGCUUUAACUAAAACUAAAAAAUAUAUUUUUUAUCAUGUUUCCUAAAAAAUGCAUUAUUUUCCUAAAUUUCUACGUUCUUGUGAACAUACUCCAUAAAUGAAAUAAUAUUUGUAUAUUUAUGCAUGUAUGUAUUUAAUUUUGUUUUCUUUUUUUAAUUCUAUUUUUGAUAAGAAUAAAAUGAAUAUUUUUUGAUUAAAAAUAUAAA